AGGGGCGGGCGAGGCCUGCGGGCCCUCCCCGGCACUAGGGCAGCCAGCCCCGCCAUGGUCAACCUGGGGCUGCGGCGGGUGGAGGACAGCGUAGCCGCCAAGCACCCGGCGCUGCAGCAGUACGCGGCCUGCCAGUCCCACGCCUUCAUGAAGGGCAUCGGUACCUUCCUGGCAGGCAGCGGAGCCGCCUUCGCCGUGCAGAAGCUGGUGAACAAGAAGCUGCCGUACAGCCUGCAGUGGAGCCUGCUGCUGGCCGGGGCCGCAGGGUCCCUCGCCAGCUACGUGGUAACCCGAGCCGAGACGCGGAAAUGCGCCGACUUCUGGAUUUACCUGGAGACAGGCAAGUCCCCACAGGAGCUUGCCGUGGCUGGUAGGGUGUCUCAGCCUGCAGAAAAUCUGCCCAGUCCAGAGGACAGAGAGAGCGUGGCACCGCUGGUGAGAAGGAACAAGUACGGGGACGUUGUGGAGUAGCUAGGAGAGCACAGCACGCCUUGCCCGUGUCCUGCUUCACCCCUUCCUGCCUGCCGAGCCUGCCUGCACCUGUGCUGCCUGCAAGACUGGUGGGCUCUGUGGCACUGCCCAGGAACUCAGAUGAGUUGAUCUGGUGAGAGCGUGGUGCAGGCACCAUAGGGAUUGCUGCCUCCCAGGUGACCUCUGAACAUCACACAUGGGGGUACAAUAAAAGUCAAGAGCUUAAA